UAUAUUUAGAGUUUGGUCCAAGUCAGUGCCAUGGUUCUGCACUGUCUCUCCCUUACAGCGCUGUCUCAUGUCUCUGGGUCUAACUCUCUGCUGUUACUCAGUCUACUGAAUACAGAGAAAAAUCAUUUUGAAUGACUGUUGGAACUAGGUUUCUCAACUUACUAAAACAACUAAAUUUGGAGCUCCGAGAAGGAGUCCUUUAUUCUGUAGCUUUAAAUAGACAAUAUUCUUUACGGGAGUGGAUUUUCCCCUUUGGAGUAAAAGAGAGAAAAUUGAAAUUGUCCAUAAUACAACAAAGGAAGACUUCCUGCACUAAGAUUCAUACUAUGACACAUAUUUCUGGACACUGCUACAGUAUGUGACCAAGUUUUCAAAAAGAAAACUAUAAGACUGCUCCAAGGACAUAAAAAAUGCGCUCCAGAAGUAACAGCACAGAAAGCCCAACCAAAUCAAAACAGUGCCAGCCAAGAUUAAGAGGACCCCAUACAGAAGAUACAGUUUAUGAUGGGAGAGUAAACGUGAAAAGGGAAGAAAAGGAGAAAGAUACCAGCACCAUCCUAAGAAGCCCCGAAUCUGAGAAAAAACAAAGAAGAUAUUCCAAAAAAGGAGAUGACCUCUCUCGAGAUGAUCUAUUAUUUCUUCUUAGUGUGCUUGAGGGUGAAUUACAGGCUCAGGAUGAAGUCAUCGGAGUUCUUAAGGCUGAAAAAAUUGACCUGGCUUUGCUUGAAGCACAAUAUGGCUUUGUUACUCCCAAAAAGGUAUUAGAGGCACUCCAGCGAGAUGCUAUUCAAACCAAGGCUGCACAAUGGCAAGAGGAUAUCUAUGAAAAGCCUAUGGGAGAGCUUGACAAACUUGUUGAGAAACAGAAAGAAACUCACAGACGAAUGCUGGAGCAGCUUUUAAUGGCAGAAAAAUCACACAGACAGACUCUAUAUGAGUUAGAGGAUGAGAAGAGGAAACAUACAGAGUACAUGGAAAAGAGUGAUGCAUUUACAAAUCUACUGGAACAAGAACGAGAAAGAUUGAAAAAGCUGAUUGACCAAGAAACAGCCUAUCAGGCAAAAAAAGAGAAGGAAAACAACAAGAAAAUAAUUAAACUGAAAGAAGAACUGACAAAACUGAAAUCAUUUGCUUUAAUGGUGGUGGAUGAACAACAAAGACUUACAGAACAGCUGAACCAACAAAGUCAAAAAAUCCAAGAGCUAACCACUACUGCCGAGCAAGUACACGAGAAACUCACAAUUGCUGAAGCAAAAGCACAAGAGGAAAAGCAGAAAGCCAUCAGACUAGAAGCAGAAUUGCAAGCCCAAACCAAAAAGAUUUCCCAAGAACAAGAAAUAAUGAUGGCCAAAUUAACCAAUGAAGACAGCCAGAAUCACCAGCUCCGGUCAAAAUUAACAGCUCUCACUCGACAAAUAGAUGAAUUAGAGCAAACUAAUAAGUCUUUACGAAAAGCAGAGGAAGAAUUGCAAGACAUACGGGAAAAAAUAAAUAAAGGAGAAAGUGGAAAUUCCACCCUUAUGUCUGAAGUGGAAGAAUUACGGACACGUGUCUUGGAAAUGGAAGGUAAAGAUGAAGAGCUCAUAAAAAUGGAAGACCAGUGUAGAGAGCUUAAUAAAAAAUUAGAAAAAGAAGCAGCACAAAACAAGAACUUUAAAGCAGAAGUUGACAAACUCAACAAAAGAAUUAUGGAAUUGGAGAAAUUAGAAGAUGCUUUCAACAAGAGCAAACAAGAAUGUUAUAACCUGAAAUGCAAUCUAGAAAAAGAAAAAAUAUUAACAAAGCAAUUGUCUCAGGAGUUGGAAGGCUUAAAAGCUAGAAUUGGAGAGCUUGAAACCACUGAAAUCAAAUUAGAAAAAACAGAAUUCACACUCAAAGAAGAUUUAACUAAACUGAAAACAUUAACGGUCAUGCUUGUGGAUGAAAGAAAAACAAUGAGUGAAAAAAUAAAGCAAACAGAAGAAAAGUUACAAUCUGCAACUUCCCAGCUUCAGGUGGAGCAAAACAAAGUGAUGUCAGUUACAGAAAAACUCAUUGAAGAAAGUAAAAAAGCACUGAAAUCAAAAACUGAUGCAGAGGAAAAAAUGUCCAGUGUAACGAAGGAAAGAGAUGAACUGAAAAACAAACUAAAAGCAGAAGAAGAGAAAGGAAGUGAUCUCUUUUGCAAGGUAAAUAUUCUAAGGAAAAGGCUUCAGUCACUAGAAGCCAUUGAAAAAGAGUUUCUUAAAAAUAAACUCAAAGAGACCACUAAAGCAAGCACAUCCUUACAGCAGGAGAACAACAAGAUCAAAGAACUUGCCCAAGAAGUUGAGAGGCUGAAAAAUAAGCUGAAAGAAAUGAAGGCCAUAGAGGAUGAUCUCAUGAAAACUGAAGAUGAAUUUGAGUCUCUAGAACGAAGAUACAUCAAUGAACGAGACAAAGCUAAAUUUCUAUCAGAAGAACUGGAGGGUGUGAAAAUCGAACUGGCUAGAUAUAAGUUAGCAGAGAAGGCAGAGUCCAACCAUGAAGAGUGGAUUUUCAGAAAACUUAAAGAAGAAGAAGCAAAGUCAGGGCACCUGUCUAGGGAGGUAGAUGCACUGAAAGAGAAAAUUCAUGAGUACAUGGCCACAGAAGACCUAAUAUGUCAUCUACGGGGUGAUCAUAUAGUCCUACAAAAGAAACUCACCCAGCAAGAAAACAAAAACAGAGAGCUAGCCAGAGAAAUUGAUAGCCUUACUAAAGAAUUAGAGAGAUACAGACGCUUCAGUAAGAGCCUUAGACCUAGUCUUAAUGGAAGGAGAAUUUCUGAUUUGCAGGUUCUCUCUAAAGAAGUCCAAACAGAUCCAGCAGACAGUGAACCACCUGAUUACAAGAGUCUUGUUCCUUUAGAACGAGCAGUCAUAAAUGGGCAGUUGUAUGAAGAGAGUGAUAAUGAAGACGAAGACAACGAUGAGGAGCAAACAGUGUCUUUCAAAUGCAAUUCAUCCAUUGCAAAUGCAGUAAACAAAAAAUUAUGGAUCCCAUGGAUGAAGUCCAAAGAAAGCCAUCCUCAAAAUGGAAAAAUUCAUAGCAAACAGAAUGGAAAUUGUGCACAGCCACGAGAUUUAGUUCUAAAUCACACGCCUGGUCAACCUCUUCAUAUAAAGGUUACUCCAGACCAUGGACAAAACACAGCUACCCUUGAAAUAACAAGCCCUACUACAGAUAGUCCUCACUCUUACACUAGUACAGCAGUUAUACCCAACUGUGGCACACCAAAGCAAAGAAUAACCAUUAUUCAAAAUGCCUCCUUAACUCCUUUAAAAUCAAAAGUAGUUGAUGGUUACAUGAGUCCGGAGCAAGCCAUGUCACCUAUUACAAUGGCAACUUUUGCAAGAUCUCAAACUCCUGAGUCAUGUGGCUCAAUAACUCCAGAAAGGACAACGUCUCCAUUGGCUCUGACAAGUUCUCCAGAACAAAUGCUUUCUUCAGAGCCUUUGGAAAUUGGUGCCAAGCAUACUGUUUUCAGAGUGUCCCCAGACAGGCAAUCGUCAUGGCACUUUCAAAGAUCUAACAGCACUGGUUCAAGUGUAAUAACUACUGAGGAUAACAAAAUCCAUAUUCAUUUAGGAAGUCCUUAUGUUCAGGCUCUUGCUAAUUCAACAAAACCUUGUACUCCCAGUCAGGAUAACAGAACUCCAGCACUAACUAAUGGAACAGCCAUUAAAUCUACUAGUAAAAUCACAAGCAGUAUCACUAUCACACCAACAGCCACUCCUCUCCCACGGCAAUCACAAAUUACAGUAAGUAAUGUCUAUAACUGAUCCCCCAUCCAUGCUGACUCCCUUACCAACAACCCAUCCUAUUUUUCACCCCAGCAAGAAUUAUUUGGAACACACCCUUUAUUUUGGGAGAGACCUGUGCAUGAACUAUACAAUGCUAUUUGGAACUAACAUUAAGUUUUGCCUGCUUAGUCAUAUUGAGUGUGCACUUACUGUAUAACUUCUCACUGAAGUAUCUCUAUGUAAAAUAUGUAGUCUUCCACUUGUAUAAAUUCAUCUUUAUGUAUUUCCAUUUUCCAUAACUCACAUUACUUUUGAUUACUAGGUGUUUUGGUGAAGAACUAUUUUAACAUUACAAAAACAGUAAAUCAUUGGUUGGUUUUACCAUUGCUUGCAGACUUUUUUUGUUCUUUUGGUGGGGAGGUGUGCACGCGUUUUGUAUUUUUGCAAGUAUGACAGACCUACUUUAAUCCUGGAAAUACCAGCCAACUACAGAUAAGAACAGUUUCAUUAUCUUCCUUCUAUUCCCCAAUUGUUCCUAGCCUUAUUAGUCAAAUUAUUAUUUUUAGAUCAAACACACACAUGUACAGUAGCAAUUGAAAAGUUCAUGAUACAUAAAUCACAUGUUUUGCAGCAUGUCAAUCACUGGGAACUUUGAGUGUGGAUUUUUUAAAACACUUUGUCAUUCUGUUAAAACUCAAUCUGCUUCCUCCCUCAAAUCUUUCCUUUGUAAUUGAGUUGAGUUGAGAAGUUUAUACCACAGAAUUAUUUUCUUUUUCCGUAAGGCAAGCUCUUGGUCUACAUUAAAAAUACUAGUAUUCAAAAGACCUUGUAAAAAGGUUAACAGCAACAGUUACAUUUUAAAAAGACUAACUAGAAGAAUGGCACCACAAAAUGAUUUUAAUAUUCAAAGCAUGAGAGAAGGAGGGUGCAUGGUUGGAAUCUAGAUUACAGUCCAUCAUUCUACAUAUUAGAUCUGUGAAGAAGAGAAAGCAAAAUGAAUGAUAGGACAACUUAUAGUUUCUGAAAUGAUAAAAGAAGUUUGUCUGUAGGAUGUAUAUAUUCAUAUUAGCUGGGCUAUAGUAUAAUUUUUUAACAGAGUACAAACAUUAAUACAGUAGUACAAUGUUGCUAUUUAGACAAAACUGGGUUACAUGAAACAGUACUGGAUGCUAUAUUAGUGCCUAUAAUAAAUAAUGACAAUAUCAUAAGCAAUGCUGUCUCAAUUUGUAUUUAAAAAGAGUAAGCAAUCAAUGCUAACCUUUUGGAGAAUAUUACAUCCAGUGAUACUAGAACUUCAUUUUUAAUUAUUUGUAAGACCAAACUGUCUUGAAUUCAUUUCCAACAUUCCUCUUUCUCUCAAUAAAGAGUUGCUACUGAAAUUCACUCUUUUAAAAACAGCUUUUCAAAAAAAUUAAACAUCAAUUUGAAUUAUGCAUUUAGCAAACAAAUCUAUUUGUCACAUAGCUAAUUAUCAUCAAAAUACUUGUGCUUAAAUAGAAGCUGUCUACUUCAUACAUCCCAGCUCAAGAUGAAUGGGGAAGAAUAAAGAUGACAAUCAUUUCCGUGAUUAUGAACUGUGAUAUUAAUUGUCCUUCAAUCCCUGAUUCAGCAAAGGACUUUAAGCAUGCACUAAAACUGAAUGGGGAGCUAGCAAUUAUGACAGAAAACAAUGACCAAUUGUAAAAGGAAAAGUUUCUAUUCAGAAAACACAAAAAUGUAUCUUGAUAAUCAGCAAUGAUGGAAAAAGUAAAACCCAUGGAAGUUUCCGUUAAAUCAAAAUUUUUAAUAAGUGCUCUAAAAUAUUGCAGGAGCACUUUUUAAAAGAUUUAAACUACACAAGAGAGCGUGAGCUCAAUCCAAUCUCAUAGCCUGAUCCAAAAAACAGGUUUUGGAUCAGGCCCUUUAAACCUGUUUUACCAGUACAGGUUUUCCCUGCUAUACGGCGCCCUGGUAUACAUCCGUUCUGCACUAAAGUCAUUGAUGCUUGUAGGAAGUUAUGCAUUAUAAGUCCUCCCAUUUCCUGCUCAUAAGUUGUACACAAAAAAACUGAGCAAAUGGAAGUCAGCCACGGGAAAAAGAUUCCCCACUUUAAGUUGUUUCACUUUAAGUCCAAGUUUUCUGGAACGCAUCUUGGACUGACAGCAAGGACAGUAUGCAACUGCAAUCACUUCAAAAGCUGAAUUGUGAGAGAUCAGAAUCAGGCCCAUUUUGUGACAUUCCUAAGGCUAUUAUCCUACAAGAUGCUUAGAAACCUCAGCACCCAUUAACUUCAAUGGGAGUUAUUUCUCACUAGGUGCUUAGCAUCUUAUAGAACCCAAACCGAAAGGAGUAUAAUCUUAUAUGACAGUAAUAACAUACACUUUAUUACAGUUGGCUUAAGCAUUCUUUUCUACAGUGCCAAUCCAAAACAAACAUUAGAUCUCUACACGAGUAAUUUUCAUCAUACACCUUUAAUAUCCUGUACAUACGCACAUGUAGCAUCAGUACAUAACUCUGCAGUAAACUUCAAUAUUCCGUUAGUAGACAUUUGAAAACACUGGAAAUGCUCAGCAGGGCCGAAAGCUACCGCAGGCCCCAGGGCAAAAUGUGAGGGGCACUGCCACCCUGACAGAAGGGAUGGGGCCUCUAUUGGAAGCGGUGGAACCAAAGGCAGUCAGACUUUGGUGUCACCCAGACCAUGGCUCCUGUUCCCCAUUACAUGCUGGCAGUAAUUCAAAAGGGGACUGUGGCUUCAAGCAGACACCACUGCUGCAAUAGUUGUGGCAGCAGCUGGGAGCUCCUGACAACCUUUGAAUAUUCAAGUCCCGGGGAUAAAUGCCCUCUUUACCCCCACCUCCACACCCCUAGUCAGAAGGCCUGGAAAUGAUAUGUUCCAUUUAAAAAAAAAAAAAAAAAAAAAGUCCAAUUCUAGUUCUCGUACAAUUAGCUUUACAUUUUGUUUUUAUUUUACAAUUAUAUAGAAAACCAAAUAUUCUGUUUUGCAUCUCCAUUCUACCCAUAUACACAGAAACUGAUUGAUUAACAACAAUUAGGAAGCCAACUGGUAUAACGUCUUC